CAUCCCCCGGAUUCCCCCGCCCUGACCUCCUCCUGAAGCUAAGACAGAUCCUCCUUCUCCGGCAGUAGCUGCUCAAGGACUUCUUCAAAUGGCGAGAGAGAAGCACUUUAAAGAGUUCUCACUUGAUAUAACCCCAGAUGCUGGGUUCGCUGCAAGAUAUAGAACCCUGCUCCGGGAGAUUGCUGCAUACCUGAAAUCUGUAGCUCAAUUUGAGAUGGAGAAUACGGGGAAGAAGCAUAGGAAGCCAGUAACCUUAAGUGGCAGGGCUUAUACGCCAGAUCAAGGAGUUAUUCUUGUCCGUCUAUAUGGACCAUCUGGUUCAGUCUAUUUGCUGAUGAGAAUGUAUGACCUAUACAUGGAGUCAUUCUAUGUUGAUGGUAUUUGGUUCAGGCUUAAUGAUGCAACGGCACCUCUGCCGCCAACAUCACAGCUUCCCUAUGGACCAAAGAAGAAAGAUGAGUCAGACAAAGAUUAUCUAACGAAGACAGGAGUCAUUAAGCUCUCAUGGGGGACCAGCUAUCUAGAGGUUCCAGGAAAUGUGACUCUGUAUCGUAAAUCAUUUCGAAAGGCAUACAAUGCCUUGAGAAAUGCUUUAGCCAAAGUACUGGCAGGGACUGCAUGGAGAGAUAUCGGUCCUUACUUUAAGUUCUUUGCCGUAGUAAUAUCAGAAGGCCUGCGAUUCCCUGACUGUGAGAGGUGGGUUGUUUGGGGAAUGUUAUUUUAUGGUGCAAUUGCACGCCCGCCACCUGCUUGGCUCAACGAGUUAUUCUCGCAAUGGAGAAAGAGAUCUUGUAGGAUGUACCUGGUAGACCCACCAAUGAUUCUCAUCAAGUCAAUUAGGGUUGUAAAACGGAUGCCUGACCUCCAUAGCGAGCUCAAACAAACAAUACAAUAUCAUAAGAAAGGUAGAGUAUUGUCAGAUGCCAUUGAUGCUGCGCAUCUUGGUCUACUGGAAGCUUCUGAUAAUAUGACAUGUGUCAAUGAUUCUAAGCCCCUUCACCUUGAGUUGGAUAUUUACAACUACAAUGACGGUGAUGGGGCUGCUGAUGCGGCUGCGGCUGCGGCUGCUGCUGCUGCUCCGGCUCCUCCGGCUCCUGCUGAUUCUACCCUGGCUUCUUCGGCUCCUGCUGAUGCUCCUCUGACUCCUCCGGCUCCUGCUGAUGUUGCAGCUGGUUCUCCCCUUCUUAAGGAUGCUAAUGCUGCUGCUGAUCAUACUGCUCCUAAGGAUGUUCCAUCUUCUGUUUGGCCUCUUGAUGCUGCUCCUGAUGCUCCUGCUGAAGCAGAUUCUGUACCGAGCAUUGCCAGAUGUGGGCCUGCAAGAGAGGUCAAAUGCGAUCCUAGCAUGUACCCUCAGAGACCAGGAAAAUCUGCAUGCCAUUCCUUCUUGAAGAAUGGUUAUUGUGAUUUUGCCGCUAAAUGCAAGUUCCAUCACCCAGUUGACAGCUCAGCUCCAAAUUUACCCCCAUUCAAUCGACAUGGAUUUCCUAAAAGAGAGGGAAUCGAAGUCUGUAAAAUGUAUAUUAAGGAUGGGACUUGCAGGCAUGGGUCGAAGUGCAGGUUUAAUCAUCCAUCACCCCGCAAGAAGACCAAGAGGCAAAAAGAGGAUGAGCUGCCUCCGCAGGCGGGUGCUAGACCUGAGAGUGCUAGCCCUGGAAGUCCAAGGCAGCAAGAUUUUGGCGAAGCUCUUGGCUAGUCUUUAUUUCCCGGUUUAGGCAGCCAUUGGUUUGGCAAGCUCGUGCUGGUUUGUGGAGUGUAUUCUGUUCUGAGACAGAGAGUUCUGACUUGUGCGUAGUGUUUUCUAUCCUUGUCGAGUUGCUGGUGUCGCGGA